CACACAGAACUUGACAGAGGCGGUGCCGUUUUUCAUGAACUUUCCUGUGACUUUUCCGUGUUUUUUUUUGUUUGUUGUCGGACUAAUAUGAGUCAGAACCAUGUGUCGGGAAUGGAGGCGUCCGCAGUCUCGGUCCUGAAGCGGGCGGUGGAGCUGGACCAGAGCGGGCGCCUGCAGGAGUCUCUGGUCUGCUACCAGGAAGGAAUCCAGCUCCUCAUAGACGUCCUCAAAGUCGUGAAAGAUGAGACCAAGAGAGGACACUACAGGGACAAGAUCAAACGGUACAUGGACCGAGCUGAGCAGAUCAAAAACCACGUCAGCCAGUUGAAAGAAGAUGGCAAGUACCACGAGCAGAUCAAAAUAGCAGAGGAGGCCACUGGAUACAGCUACGAGGCUUUGUUCAAACCCUACAUCAGCAGUGCUUUGACGGAGGUCUGGGUGGAAGAUCCUUAUAUCAGACACACACAUCAGCUGUACAACUUCCUCCGAUUUUGUGAGAUGCUUUUAAAAGCCUCCUGCCAGGUGAAAACGGUGCACCUGCUCACCUCACAGGACGAGGCCGACAGCAAACAGCAGAGCAGCGCUCUGGCUGAGGUGAAAGAAAGCCUGGCCAGUCAUGGAGUGACUCUGGACCUUCAGUUUUCCACUAGCAUCCACGACCGGGAGAUCAGGUUCGACAACGGCUGGAUUAUCAAGAUAGGUCGAGGGCUGGAUUACUUCAAAAGACCUAAAGGCCGAUUCUCUGUUGGAUACUGCGACUACGACCUGCGUCCGUGCCAGGAGACGACCGUGGACAUAUUUCACACUAAACACACUAAAACACUCUGAGAUUCUUGCUUGAUAGCUUUUUAAACAUUUGCUUUUAUUCGUCACAGAAAAUCUUACACAUUUUUUAUACAAAUGUGAAAUAAUUUUUCUUUUCAUUGACAGUCAAGAAACCUUCAUUUAACUUUAUUUAUUUCACCAUCGCAAGACUUCACUCUGGAGGUUUUCAGGUUCUGACCACUGCAGAUGGUUUUGACCAGAGGUUUACAGUAGUGGUCGUAAUGUUAUGACUGUAUUUCAUCGUCACUGUCUGUGGACUUUUCUUGCAGCCUCUCAGCAACAAGGUUGUGGGUUUGAAUCCUGUUGUCUGUGUGUGAUUAAGCACGGUAAUGAAAUAAAGUACUUCAAUGGUUUAUAAUAUUUAUGAAGCUGUUAUUUUGUAUGAUUUUGACUGCAUUUGAACGUAUCAUUCUCUCACCGGUGUCUCUGCUUCUUGGUCUCUCGACCGCUUGCUGUGACAGUGAUGAUGGAUGAGUUGUGUUUGUGCGUGGAAUCUCUGAGGUCUUCGGCCUUGAAACACUUCCUGCCUCAUUUCCUCUCAGCAUUUUGUAAAAAAAAAAAAACCCAAAAACACAAAAUUCUACUUUCAAAAAUCUGCAAACAUAAUUUCACCACUGGCACGAAUUGCAACCCGCACGAGUUCACACAGCCCUGCGAUCGGAUUAUUCAUCGGCCUUAAUCUCGAUGUGCAGUUCAUCACAGCAAGAAAUUAUAAUCCAUCAGAGUUAUGACCAAAUAAACCAAGAUGGAGUGGCUCCAGCUCUAUAUGUCUGGAUAUUAGCACAUCGCUCUCACAGCUUGACGUCCAGGCUGUAAUCUGAUAAUAAGAUAAGACAUGCUCACACGCUAAUAGUCUCCCUCAUGUGCAGAUUAAAGGGCAUAAAUCCAUGAAUGGAGUUAUGAAGUAAAACCGCCGCCCAGACUCUGAUGUCACGCUGGACUGCAUGCGGUUUGUUGCUUGUAAUCCAGAUGUUACCAGCUGGGUUUAUAUGCUGGAAGAGGAGAUGAGGAUUAGUGAAAUGAGGAGCCUCAUCAGCGGUGCUCUUCAGCAAACACAUGCGAAGGUUCAACUUCCUGUCACCCUCUCGGCGAGUGGAGCCAAGAGGCCGGCAUGCUCUGAUCCCCACCUCGGCCGGGUUCACUUCCCGUGUGGAUUAACUGGAGAAACAGCCUUUUUCUCUCAGUCGUAAACAUUUGUUUACUCGUGAGUCGUCGCAAAAAACAUGAGAGACGGUAAACAGAAGCGGCACGACACCGAGUGCCGCUCCAGCAGGUGCCUUCCUGAACGUAGCAGUGGUGUUUCUCUCAUUUUCACGGGAUGAUUCGUGGUUCAUUUUUCCUUAAUGUUUCAAUUUGAUUUACUCUUCUUGAGCAGCAUUUUGUGUUGUCUGUCAACAUAUUUAAUGUUACCAGAUUUUAAUUUUAUUAACUAAAACUUGAGCUUUUCCAUCAAUCAAUGCACUUUUUGCACACAUUUAUUUAUUUCAGACUAAUUUGCAUUUAUUUAUUAUUUGAAUAUUGAUAUAUAUCCACAGCAAAGUUAGUGAGGACA